AUGUCAGCUGUCAAUAACACCAAAUUCCAAUUUUCAUUGUUCCUUCUCUCUGGGAUACCUGGACAGGAAGAUGUCCAUCUCUGGAUCGCUAUCCCCUUUUGCUUUAUAUAUGUUAUUUCGACAGUAGGAAAUUCAGUCAUUCUGUUCAUUAUAAAAACAGAUCCAAGCCUCCAUGAGCCCAUGUACAUUUUCCUUUCCAUGUUGGCCCUCACUGAUCUUGGCUUAUCAACAUCCACCAUAAAGACAAUACUGGGCAUAUACUUGUUUAACUCUAGAGAGAUCAGCCUUGAUGCCUGUUUUGCCCAGCUGUUCUUCAUCCACUCGCUUACAUUACUUGAAUCUUCUGUGCUCUUGUUAAUGGCCUUUGACCGCUUUGUUGCAAUCCGUGACCCACUGAGAUACGCUUCCAUCUUAACCCUGCCAAGAAUAGCCAAGAUGGGGCUGGUGUGUGUGCUAAGAGCAAUGGCUCUAACAUUCCCACUCCCCUUUCUCCUGAAACGGCACCGAUAUUGUCAAACCAAUGUCCUCUCCUAUUCCUACUGCCUGCACCAGGACGUCAUGAUAUUGGCUUGCACCGACAUCACCGUCAACAACAUCUAUGGCUUAUUCAUUGCUAUCUUGACCUUUGGGUUGGACUCACUGAUCAUUUUCCUCUCUUACAUGAAGAUCCUCAAAACAGUGCUGAGCUUUGCAUCCUCUCUGGAAUCCCUCAGGGCCCUGAACACCUGUGUCUCCCACCUCUGCGCUGUCUUGCUCUUCUACACACCUGUUAUUGGGUUGCCUGUGAUCCAUAGAUUUGGGAAGGACUCUUCUCACUUGCUUCAGGUUCUCCUGGGCUAUGUCUACCUGUUGGCCCCCCCUCUGAUAAAUCCGAUUGUGUACAGCGUAAAAAGCAAACACCUUCGUGCGAGGAUUGUCAGAGCCUUCGUCAAGUGA